AUGGCCGCGGCAGAAGGGGAGCCGAAGCCCAAGAAGCUGAAGGUGGAGGCGCCGCCAGCGCUGAGUGAAAAUGUUCUCUUUGGAAUGGGAAAUCCUCUUCUCGACAUCAGUGCUGUAGUGGAUAAGGAUUUCCUUGAUAAGUAUUCUCUUAAAGCAAAUGACCAAAUCUUGGCUGAAGACAAGCACAAGGAACUGUUUAAUGAACUUGUAAAAAAAUUUAAAGUCGAAUAUCAUGCUGGUGGUUCUACCCAGAAUUCAAUGAAAGUUGCCCAGUGGAUGAUUCAGAAGCCACACAAAGCAGCAACAUUUUUUGGAUGCAUCGGGAUAGAUAAAUUUGGGGAGAUCCUGAAGAGAAAAGCUGCCGAAGCGCAUGUGGAUGCUCAUUACUAUGAGCAGAACGAGCAGCCGACGGGAACUUGUGCUGCGUGCAUCACUGGUGGCAACAGGUCCCUUGUAGCUAAUCUUGCUGCUGCCAAUUGUUAUAAAAAAGAAAAACAUCUUGAUAUGGAGAAAAAUUGGAUGUUAGUAGAAAAGGCAAAAGUUUAUUACAUAGCAGGCUUUUUUCUCACCGUCUCACCGGAGUCGGUGAUAAAAGUGGCUCAGCAUGCUUCUGCCAGCAACAGAAUUUUCACUUUGAACCUAUCUGCACCAUUUAUUAGUCAAUUCUACAAGGAAGCAUUGAUGAAAGUUAUGCCUUAUGUUGACAUACUUUUUGGAAAUGAGACAGAAGCUGCCACUUUUGCUAGAGAGCAAGGCUUUGAGACUGAAGAUAUUAAAGAGAUAGCCAGAAAGGCCCAAGCUCUGCCAAAGGUGAACUCAAAGAGGCAGCGAGUUGUGAUAUUCACCCAAGGGAGUGAUGACACUAUAAUGGCUACAGAAAGUGAAGUCACUGCUUUUGCUGUCUUGGAUCAGGACCAGGAAGAAAUCGUUGAUACCAAUGGAGCCGGAGAUGCAUUUGUUGGAGGUUUCCUGUCUCAGCUGGUCAGUGACAAGCCGCUGACUGAGUGCAUCCGCGCUGGCCACUAUGCGGCCAGCGUCAUCAUCAGGCGGACGGGCUGCACCUUCCCCGAGAAGCCAGACUUCCACUGA